CUCGAAAACAAACGUAAUUCUUUCUCCGACAGAAGGUGAUAUCAGUCUUUUUUGUUCCCCUGCAAUCGUUCCUCCGAUCGGUGUUUGCGUAAAGAAACAAACGACUCUUGUUUGCUCGUGUGAUGACUCGAUCAACAAAUCGUUGUCAAUGAUUUCCCUCUGCUUUUCUUCUUCUCUACUUCAAACAGGAUUUUCUUGCAUUUCAUGAUUUCUAGACAAAAUAAACCUUAAGAGUUCAUCCUCUCUCUCGUCCGUUCGGCUGAUUUCUCUGUAUAUAAUUCCAGAGAUACAGAAGAUGGGAGAGUUGGCGAAGGUAUUGUACAUACUGGCGGUCGACGAAGGUGAGACGAAGGAGGAGGCAUCGUCGUUCCGAUACACGCGUCCGGUUCUUCAAAGCACUCUCCAACUUAUGGGCUGCAAAGCUCGUCAUGCCUUCAAGAUUAGCAAGAGGGUUUUUGAAUUGAUAAGAAGGGAACCUUCUUACAAUUCACUGCUUCAAAAGGAACGUGUGAUGUUGAAUUCUGAUAGUUUGAAAGGAUACUCUGAUAAGGAAGAUGCAUGUCCUACCUUUGAUGGAUUUCGUAGAGCAGAGGAAGGCAACAGUUUAGCUUCAAUCAAAGGCGAUAGAAAUAAGCAUAUACCAUUUGAGCUAUACAAAAGACGUACAUCGUUAAUUGUUAAAAGAGAAACUUUCUUAGAUGUUGUCUGUGAUGCUCUGGCUGAAUACAAGUAUGUUGGUCCAAACCAGAGGGCUGACCUGGUUUUGGCUUGCAGAAUCCGAGAGAAGAAGGAAUCUGUUACCGUGUUGUUGUGUGGCACUAGCGGUUGUGGCAAAUCUACUUUGUCUGCUUUGCUGGGUAGCAGGUUGGGAAUUACAACUGUGAUUUCAACAGACUCUAUUCGCCACAUGAUGAGGAGUUUUGUAGAUGAGAAGGAAAAUCCUUUACUCUGGGCUUCAACCUACCAUGCUGGGGAGUGUUUAGAUCCUGUGGCGGUUGCAGAAGCUAAGGAUAAAAAAAGAGCCAAAAAGUUGGCUGGCAAUUCUCGGUCACUUUCUAACAGUGAGCUAACUGACCAUUCUUCAGCCAGAAAGUCUGAUCCCCGACCAGUGGAGAGUAGUUCUACUAGUACCGAAUUGAUUGGCCUCAGACAGAUGGCAGUUGAAGGAUUCAAGGCACAAAGUGAAAUGGUUAUUGACAGUCUAGACAGACUAAUUACUUCAUGGGAAGAGAGGAAAGAGUCUGUAGUGGUUGAGGGUGUUCACUUAAGCCUUAAUUUUGUUAUGGGGCUUAUGAAGAAACACCCCUCAAUCAUACCGUUCAUGAUUUACAUUACAAAUGAAGACAAACACUUGGAAAGAUUUGCAGUUCGUGCAAAGUACAUGACAUUGGAUCCUGCUAAAAAUAAGUACGUGAAAUAUAUAAGGAAUAUCAGGACAAUACAAGAUUAUCUAUGUAAUCGUGCAGACAAGCAUUAUGUCCCCAAAAUAAACAACACAAAUGUUGACAAAAGUGUGGCGGCCAUACAUGCAACAGUUUUCAGUUGCCUCCGGAGGCGUGAAGCUGGGGAAACACUGUAUGAUCCCAUAACAAAUACAGUUGCUGUUGUUGAUGAGGAAUACCGGAAUCAGUGUGCUGCCAAUUCACUGAGCUCUGAGGGUAUGUUUCAGUUGAUCCAGAAAAAUGGUUCUUCUAGGCGACUAAUGGCUCUUCUGAACAUCGAUGGAUCUGUGGCAAAGGCUUGGUCAGUCGAAUCCCUUGAAAGUAAUGGCAUUCCCUUGUAUGGACCUUUAACAAUUGGCAAGGCCGAACCCGUUUAUCUUCAGUUUGGUCCCUAUGGUAUUAGUACAUGGCCUAGUGAUGGUGGAACAAGUCAUGCUGGAAGUGUAGAUGAGUCGAGAUUUGAUGGGACUGAUAAUGGCAGUAGAUAUCAAUCUUCCUGCUGCAGCUCGCCGAGGAUGUCUGAUUGUCCUUCAAAGGAGCUAAAGGAGGAAAAUUCGGUGUAUGGCAGCGAUGAAGAAGUUGAUGAUCCACCUGAGGUGGACAGUGAUGAGGAUGUUAGUGAUGAAGGUGACAAACAGGUCCAUGAAGAGGUAGGUUCUGUUGAUGAAGGCUCAACAAUGUCAGAUGAAGAGUAUGAUGACCUUGCAAUGCAGGACGGACAGGAGAACGCCUACUGCCCCGAUAGUGAGCGUCAUAUGGUAAUGCCAUUUUCAGGGGACCAAGCAAUCCAUACAAGAGGGGAUCAACACAACAGGAAUUUGGAUCUCUUCCUUGAAAGCAGAGGAAAGCAGUUUUCUGGGCCACUCUGUUAUUAACCUGCAGUGCUUAUGGAGAAGAAUGAGAUGGGAUCAAUGUUCAAAUGUAGAAAGGCUCCCGCAGCAUUCCAUCCUUGGGGAAUAAUGGAUCCAUAGUCAGUGAUCCAAUAUUUUCUGGGGACCCCCAGCGGUUUUGUUCAUGGAUUUGAUGUUUUUCUAACUAAUCAUUUCGUGGCUUGUAAUUUACUGGAUCCUUUAAUUUAGGUCAAUUACAUGAUUAAUUACUUA